UCUCUCUCCCUCUCUCUCUCUCUCUCUCACGGGCGAGUAAUACAGCAGUAGUGCUCUGAGCGUUUCCUUCCGUACUGUUUAAUGUUCUUUACUCCUCCAGGACCCCUAGCACACUGCUGCUCAGAAUGGAAAGCAGAACUUCUGAGAAACCCAAUGUCCGGACAAAAAUAAAGAGAAUUCCUAAGAGAGCUACUGUAUAUAGAGCCUCAUAUGUAGGCAUCUGGAAAGACAUUACAAGUGGUGACAGCGCCAAGGAGAUCAAAUGAGAGCUUCACACAAUCUUUAUCCGUAGCUGUUGCCAAGCGUCCCUCUUUGACACCCAUCUGACUGCGCAUAAGUGAAGGCGAGCGAGCGAGCGAGAGAGAGAGAGAAAGAGAAAAAAUGUAGGAGGCGGUUACGAUCUGAACAGGCUACACUGGGAAGCCACAGGCUGCACGCAUCACAUUGCUGUGGAGUUUCAGAGGAGACCGGGAUGAAAUGAGAAAGAUCUGAGGGCUGUUUGCCGUCAAGAAUAUUCCUGUGAAGAUUUCGGACGGGAGGCGUAAACUUACUGACUUCUUUGGCUCCGAUGUCGAGAUGGAGAUGAGGGAGACGACAGCAGAUGGAUUGUGAUUAAGACUGCAGUUUUCAGGUGUAGAAUAAUGUGCGUACGUAAACCAAACAGAUGCACACGGAUUACGUCUCACAAUCGGUUUUGGAGCACGUUGAAGAAGCGUGUGAGCUGUAGUCUUGUCCCUGCCACUCUGAAGAGGAAAAACUGCUGGGACCUGCAAUUUCACUUCUCGCGUCAAAUGAGAAAUUUAUCGCAGCCAAUCAUUUCUGACACACUGUGCCGUACGACUCCUCGGGAGAAAAUAACAGCCGACGGCUCUGCUUACAGACCUGAGGAUUUGAAAUAUGAAAAGCCGUGAAUGAUGCAAUUAAUGGUUAAUGGAAAAUUAAGGAGCCGUUAUCAGUGUGCGAAUGUGUUCACUUGGAAAACCGCGGGGUUGAGUUAAAAGACCAAAUGUUUCUCUGUUGAUCGUGACUGACAGCGGCACCAGGUUUGACGUGUGCUACCACAAAGUAUAUCCUGUGGAUUACAGCGUUUGCUUCAGGCUGAUGUUUUCCCUCUUCUUUCAUUUCUCCUUGUUUCGAAGAGCGUCUUGUCCUUAACGUAAAAUUAUUGACAUAUCGAGUGUUGCGUUGACCUUAGCGAAUCAUAAUUGGCCCCGGGGUCAAUCUAUACCAUACUGGUGCUUGCUCUUAUGGAUCUCCAAAUCAUCUGUCCUGUUUGAUUGAACAAUCAGUUGCAUUCUUAUCUUGUCUCUCCUUCAGCAUGGUCCCGCCUCCCCCGUCCAACAAGCCACACGUUUGCCUUUCGUGUGUGCUGAUCAUGAGCAGCAUGGCGCUACUUGACGCCUACCUGGUGGACCAAAAUCAGGGUCCGAGGAAAGUGGGUGUCUGCAUCAUGGUGCUGGUGGGGGACGUUUGUUUCCUCAUCGUCCUCCGAUACAUAGCGGUCUGGGUGGGCGCGGAGGUCCGUACGGCUAAGCGUGGCUACGCCAUGAUCCUCUGGUUCUUCUACGUCUUCGUGCUGGAGAUCAAGGUCUACUUCAUCUACCAGAACUACAAGGCAGAAGGCGACAGGGCGGAUGCCCUCACCUGCAAAGCUUUAACGGUGCUGCUCUCCGUUUUCGUGCCGGGCCUUUACGUCACGCUGGCCGCCAUCGACCACAUGGAAUACGUCCGGCCCAUCAAGAAGAGAGAGGAGCUGAGGAGUCGGUUGUUCUGGGUCGUGGUGGAUCUUCUGGACAUUUUGGAUAUUCAAGCCAGCCUAUGGGAGCCGCAGAGGAAAGGGCUCCCCCUAUGGGUAGAAGGUCUUACUUUUUUCUACUGCUACAUACUGCUGCUCAUACUUCCUUGCGUGUCGCUGAGCGAAAUUAGCAUGCAGGGGGUGAACAUUGUGCCGCACAAGAUGUUGCUGUAUCCCAUUCUCAGUUUAGCGGCUAUUAACAUUAUUACGCUGCUUAUACGAGGUGGAAAUAUGGUGUUUUAUAGGGACGUACGAGCAUCUGGGAUACUCAUGGGCAAGAACGUCCUAGCAAUUGUUUUGAAGACAUGCAGCUUUGUGCAGUACCGGAGACAUCUGCAGGAAGCGCCGUCGGCCGCUCUCGCACCAGAAUUGCAAAGGGAUGCGGCGCCACGAAGUUCACGAGGGGCGGUGCCUGUUGCGAUGUCCAUGCCGGUUACCAUGACAACACCGCAGGUAGUCAUACAAGAUCUCACUACGCUUCCAGAAGAACCAGAACUUGAAGACACAUGACCUGAACUUGAAGACACAUGACAAGAAAAGUCCAACUGGGCAAUACCCAAGGCGACCUACUCCUAAUAUAUGUUAGUGAGAUAAACGCUUGUUUGAUGAAAUGAGAAACACAUUGGUGAGAUAAAGAACCGGUGGUCAUGGGGUCCAUACAAACUUCAGAAUAAAACUAUUAUUCGCGGCAGAUGAAACGGAAAUCCAUUAGUUGUCAAGUGGCAGGAAUUCAUUUGGAGAAAACCACACUUCAGAGGAACUCAAUGACCCUAUGAUUGUAUCAUCACGGAUAACUGUGAAUAAUUUCUUUUCUGUUCUUCCCGUAGGUGUUAAAAAUGUGUUUUCAUCACGUUCUGCAUAUAUUUUAUCCGGUGAAAGUGGUGAAAUGAUGUGUUUGAGACAACCUGGCAGAAACGCCUUUCAGUUUACUCAACCUGUUAAAAAACGGAAUGUUUUAUAUUCAGUGGAUGUUCGGCUCAUGUGUUCUGUUUUGAUGUUUUAUGAGAUUCAGACGGAUGAUAUUUUGUUAUUAAACCUGUUUUUGUUUUUAUCUGAAACUGUUUUUAUUGCCGUCUCUUUCUUGCUGUUUUUACUUUUUCUGGUGGUGUUUUGCUGAGGCAAGCAUUGGAAUUGCUGGACUAUUGCUUAGUUUUUCCUUUUGGCGUAUAGCAACAUGAUUGGUGCCUUCAGUGUCAAACAUGCUUAUUGAGACACCCUAGCAACAGCUCAGCAGCCUCCUCAAAACCACUCGCAGCAUCUUAUUGACCCUAUAGCAACGCCCUCGCAACCACCUGGUGAGUUUCACGCAGACGAGCAAGUCACAAAUUUUUCAUCUUUCAAAAAAAUCCUUUGUUCUUUUCUUGGAGAAAAGUUACCAGAGUGCGCUAAAAGCAAAGACUUCCUCAAAGCGUGACACAAAUCCAGAUGGUGUUAUUGGGUCUCAUCGCACUUUCAAGUCUCUGAAGUUCGGGAUAAACUUUAAUCUCGCCUGGGCCACACGAUGAUAAAAGGCAGUCUUUCUCUUCGACAAAUCUGGAGUGAGAACGGCUCAUGUGAAUAAAGUUGUCAAAAUCAAAUGGCAAGUUCAGAAAA